UAUCCACAUAUAUUAAUGUAUUAUUGAUUGAAGCAAUGCCUGAGUUCAGGGCGGUGCUUAUCUUUAUAGGUUCCCUCAAGUUCACCAGGAAGCAACUGUUACAGGAACCGUGGACUCUGUAAAUCUAUCACCGAGAGGUUGAGGUCAACAGUGAAAGUAUUAUUUUCAGGUAAUCCAUAAAAAACCUGAAAAUGUCUUCCGUUGAGAUGCACCUGGAGACAUAUUUGUCGCGCAUCGGGUUUGCAGGCCCAGCCGAGCCCAGCCUCGAGGUGCUGCGGUCGGUUCACAAAGGUCACCUGAUGUCGGUGCCGUUUGAGAACCUCACGGCGCACAGCGGCGGACGAGUCCAACUGGACCUCCCUCUCCUGUACGAGAAGAUAGUGAACCAGCGCAGAGGGGGUUUCUGCUGCGAGAACAACGGCCUCUUCUACUGGCUGCUGUCCCAACUGGGCUUCCACGUGACCCUGCUCUCAGGCCAGGUGAGGAGUAUGAUCACGGGCUACUACGGCCCACCUUUGGACCACUUGGUCCUCAUGGUGAGCCUUGAUGGGCAGCGCUGGCUGUGCGACGUUGGGUUCGGCUCAGCGGGCUUCAGCGUCCCCCUUUCCCUGGAGACCAGUGGCCCUCAGGAGCAGGGCCACCGAGUGUACCGCAUCAGGAAGGACACUGGGUUGCACUUUCUGGAGUGGCAGCAGGAGGAGAUAAAAGGGGCAGAUGGAGACUGGACGGAGAUCUACAAGUUCACCCUUGACCCUCGGUGUCUGGAGGACUUUGACGAGAUGUGUUGGUACCACCAGAGCUCCCCCUGCUCCAUCUUCUUCUGCAAGUCUUUGUGCACCGUUUUAAAACCAGGUGGAAGGCUCACCUACAUCGGCCGCAGACUGACCAGCACCACAUUUCCAUCAGAAGAAACUGGGGGAGUGUUGGAAACCACAACCAGGGAACUCAAAGAUGAGGAGAUACCUGGUAUUCUAGCAGAGAAAUUUGGAAUUGUUCUAAAUUCUCCACUCAUACCAAAGGAUGAGGCAAUCACACCACCGCCAGUCAUGUAUUGAUAAUGCUUUACACCUCCAUAGGGCAAAAUGAUGUGAGAAAUGUAUAUUCUCAUUUAAA